CAGCUGUGUCCUGUGCUGAAUUUGGUUGAUUCGCGAAUUGAUUCGAUGAAUAAUUCGAAUGUUUAAAGUCCAAAGAGUAUUUAUACACGUUUAAAAAUAAAAUAUAAAUAGUUAUUUUGAUUGAUCUAUGAUUCAGAUCAUAGAUUAUUUCAAUAAGUGCUUCCAUUAUUUUUUUACUCAAAGUAGGUUAUGUAACACGCAUCACACAAUCGCACAAAGUAUCUAAUCAUGAUAAUUACAGUAAGCAGCACAUCCUUGUUACCAACCAACAUGAAAAAUGUUGUUCUGUUUGCAAAUUGCUAUGGAAUUAAUAAACAAAUGACAAAACAUACAUUUGUCAAUGUUUUUAUACACAAAAAAAAAACGUUUUUGUAGUCUUUUUUUAGUGUGAAUUUAAUUAAAAUAAUACAAAAUGCAUGCAAGUUAUAAAAAUUCCUACCUGCAGAUGGCAACAGCUGUUAAUGCACGUGUUAUUAACAGAUGCGUUGAUAAAGCAAUGGGGAAGCCUACAAUCGAUGCUUUUGAUAGUAUGCCGCCAUUUAAUCGCUUAACCUCAAACCAGCCAUGUUUACCCAUUGAAAACUGUGAUAUAACAAGACGACCUCUGGCGUUUGGUAGAUUAGCAAUGCCUAAAUUACUUAGAGAAUUGCAUAAUUCUAAUCAAUGCAUGGUAAAGCAAGCAAUAACCACAAUUUGUGACCUGGUGCAUGACCCAGAACGCAAUUACGAAGCGAUUAAACUUCACCUACCUGGGCGUCUGGUGCCGCUUUUGGAGCAUCCGGAUGCGGAAGUUCGUGAACGCACACUCAUAGCACUCACGACAAUCGGUAACCUAAUGGACGGAAAGAAUGCCAUCGUUAAAAAUAAUGAAAUGAUGAAAAAUAUUAAACUAUGCAUGGAGGAUGAGGAAAUUCCAGUGAGGUUACAGGCUUUUUCACUGUUGGAAACAUUAUCAUUGAUAUGGAUGGUUGCGGAUGUUUUGGUUGAUAAUGGUUAUGUGGAGCUAUUGGUAGAGAUUUUAAAACGGACUUAUCAAGUAGAAGAUAAAGAUGUGCUCAUUUUGAUUAUGCAAACUGUCGAACACUUAAUGUAUUGCAACGGGAAGCAACUUGCAUUUGAAUGUGGAUAUUUUGAUGUUGUAUUGAGUGUUUUAAAAGAGAAUUCUGAUCCGAAUGUGAUUGCUGCAGCAUUGAAAAGCAUCAGUAUUUUAUUACAACUUAAAGAAGUGAAGGAAAUCGCGUUGAAAGUUAAACUGCUCAAGAAAUAUUUGUACAGAUUUUUACUAUCAGAGAUUCCUGUGGUUUAUGAAAAUGCAGCCGCAGCCAUGCUGUUUGCUACAGUAACACUAGAAUCCCUAGUACAAGCAAUAAAACUACCAGAGUUAGUCGAUAGAUUAAUAUCACUAACAAAAGCUGUUCAUCAACCAACAGCGCAGAAAUAUUGCAUGCAGAUAUUAACUAACCUCACAGGACAUGGCGUCAUUAAGAAAUUGUUAUUAGUUGAAAGAAUCGAUGAAUUAGAAGCAAUUCCCAUUGAUGAAAAUGAUGCACAUGCAAAACGCGUAAAAGAAAUCUUACUUGUUGAUUCCCUUAAAUAUGGAUAACAAAUUUAUAACAAUAAUUAAGCUUUUAAACUAAAUUUUAGUGUAAGAACUUUUUAUACCUUUCAAAUCGUGUACUUUUGGUUGCCUAUAAUAAACAGAACAAAACAUAA